CAUGCAGACAGUUGGUUCAGAGAAACUCUUCGAAGCCUAAGGACAACACCUUACUACUGCUGCCACUCUGCAUCCACAAGAGACUAAGAUUUAAAAGCCACAAAUACAGGCUGUGCCUUACUCUAUAUACCCUACAGACUCGGGCCUCCACCCUCCUCCCGUCCCUAUUGCCCAUCCGUCUCUCCUUCCCUCAGUAGUGAGUCAUGAAGUGGUCCCUGUGGAGCCUACUGCUGGUGGUGGUGCGUCUGUGUUCACCAGGACGGAGUGACUGCCAGGGUGACUGCCUGGCCUGUGGCCUCCUACUACCCCUACCCAACCCCCAGACCCAGGGCCAGCAGCAAACAUUCAACACACUGGUGUGUCUGUUGGAGUGUGAGGGUCACGUCUCCCCUGCCCUCACCUGGGAGCUGUGUCAGCGAGCCAUCCUACCGCACUACCUCCUCCCUCCAGGUGGCGGCGCUGUGUCUAAGAGAGCAGCAGAGGAGCUGAACCUGGGCCCUGUACACCUGGAGUCUGAUGGACAACUCCUCUACUCUGCAGCCAUGGAGCACUACCAGCAGGACAGAGAGGACCAGGAAGACAGGGCCCUGGAGCAACGUGAUGCCCAGUACGACGACUCCCCGCUGGACUCGACCGAGGAGGAAGACUCCCUGGCUCUGGAAAACAGGGAGGAGAAGAAGGAGGAAGAGGACAGGAGGAGGAGCAGUCAGGGGGAGGGAGGAGACGAGGAGGAGGAGGAGGCCGCGGUCCAGCUGACCAAGCGUUUCGGGGGCUUCCUGAAAGGUCACCACGGUUAUAGGAAGUUGAUUGGCGGGCCGGUGGGGCGGCCACUGCAGAAACGCCUAGGAGGGUUCAUCGGGAUCAGGAAGUCGGCCAGGAAGUGGAACAACCAGAAGAGGGUGAGCCAGCUCCUCCGGCAGUACCUGGGGAUGACCAGCAGCAGCAUCCCUGGGCGCGGUGUUGGGAGGUUCAAUAACCCAGCCCAGGGAUUCAGGAGGCUACCCAGCCGGCUGUAGCCUUCCCUUCCCUCCACAGCCCCCUGAGGGAGUAGAAUUAUCUUCUCCCGUGCCUCCACCCUCCCUAGUACCUCCAUAGAAAUAAUAAUGACUAUAGUUUACCAUUUGUCUACUAUUAUUUUGGUGUUCUAUUCCUAUAGUUACCAACUAUGUCUACAGGGACCGUGAACUCCCUCAUACCUCAUCAGCCUAAUGAAGAAGAGUAAUGAUAUCGUCGUUCUGAAACCCAUCCGGUGUUGUGAAGAGAAGGAAUGUUUCCUUACAACCACCAAUGUUUCUCCCCCCCCCCCCCCCCCUAC